AUGACGAUGUCUACACAAAUUAAUUGUUCGAUUCCUGAAGCAUGUGGAACAUUCGGCUAUUGUGAAGAGUAUUUCAAUGGUACAAUGGCAUGUGAAUGCAAAUUUUGGUGGACAGGAGCACGAUGUGAUGAAUUGUCAGGCAGUGGCAAACAAGUGAUUGCUCUAGGUGCUAUUACAGGUCUUUUAGUCAUUGUUUUCUACAGUCUUACUGUAUAUCGUUGGAUUAGUAAGAAAUCACAUGAACCAACAAAAACCUAUACUGAUGAGCCGAUCGGUGAUACGUCAUUUGUGGUGCAUGUUGCAAAAAUCAGAGCAAAAUGUGACAGUUCAUCUUGGAUAACAUUGUUCGGAACAAUAAUUCUCGCUUUCUGUGCGACGAUGAUUAAAUAUUUCAAUUUGAAAAGUAUUCACACAGAAAUUAUCGAUAAAUUGAAUAAUAAUCAAUCGCUAUUCUAUAAUCGUCCUUCGUUUUGCAGUUCAGUUUAUGUCAAAGCCGGAUUCAAUGUCAUUACUUUCCCGAUCGCUUGUUUUCUUAUUGUUCUGUUCGCUUUUAUCUCCAAACGACAAUCAUCGAAAGCAAAUCAAUCUUGUAGAAAUUACAUCGCUGCACCGAUUCCAUUGGACUUUUUCACAUGUGUUCGACGAACAUUUGCCGCAGUCAUAUUCGCUCUUUUUGCCGAUGAGCUAUCCACCAUUGCUAAUCAACUUAUCAAUGGAAAUGCCGUAACAACAGAUCACGGAAUAAUCUUCAAUUACGCUCUUCAAAUUUUCCGCGUUCUAACCAUAGGUUUUCGAUGCUAUCCGAUGCUAGCAGCUGUGCAUAUGAACAGUCGACUUAGUCUUUUUUGUGCCAGUCUUUAUGCUUGGUUGGAUUUCGGGCUAAUCAUCGCAUCGGAUGAUGUUUGUCAGAAUCAUUAUUAUCUCUCCGAUUUGAAUUAUAACAAAGAUUUGGAACUCGAAUACAUCGCGUAUUUUGACUUUUACGGCAAAGGAUCGAAGUUGAUUUUGCUUCAAUUGUUAGUCGAUAUUCCACGGUAUUGCUUUUUGGGAUAUAUCAGUGCAAAACUGCCGAGUUUACUUUGGGAGAGAAUUCGAGUGAAACGAAUCGAGUUGAAACAAUUGACGAGCGAAGAAAGAAAUCUUCUGCAUUCGUCAGAAAUGAAUUCAACGGAAUUUCGAUAUGUGGCGAGACUGUUUCGCUCGAACAAUCAGCUGGAAUUACCAUCAAAUCGGCUUGCACGCGUCUUUCGGAAAAUUUACUAUUGGCGGGAUGAUUUUCAGUUUUCUUCCCGUGUUCUUUGUGUUUAUGCGUCGAUAUUCUGCGUUCUGUUCUUCCUUACCACACAGGCGUGCGUUCAAGUUGUUCCAAUUCUCGACACACUUCACAAUACUUUGCAAAUGGCUCUGGAUGCCCUGACGAAAGAUGAAUCUCGACUGAGAGCGUCAAGUUCGACUUUUCCACUUCCUAAUUUAGUUGCACCUUUUCUGAUUGCGAUGUUCGUCGCUGUGUUUGUAACCGUAACACAAUUACUCGUUUUGUUGACUUCCAUUCGUCGGAAUCUUCUACAAGCAUUUCGUGGCAAUAGUACCGAAAUUACACCAUAUGAUCCUUUGAAGAAUGUCAAUUAUGCUGGCCAAAAUAUCCAUUUCGGCGGGUAUCUAAUCGCUUAUGUUCUUUGGGCGUACGUUUUAACUGCAACUUUCACGAUGAUUGUCACUACGAUUAUUAAUGUUCUCAUUACUUAUGGAUUGAUCAGACCUGUUGAAUCCGUUGUGAAACUCAUGAUUCCGCCGAUACUCUUUGCGCUGUUUCAAAUGCAUCUGAAUAAAAUCAUUGCUCAGUACGUGUUUCUUCAACAAGCCGGUAAAGUUCUAUCGAUGAACCAUCGUCGAAUGGUGAUGAUCUUCUUAUAUUUUAACUUUUUUCUCGAUGCAUUUCUCGGUUUGAUUUCUUCGAUCAUGCGUGUGAUUAAGAGUGCAAUCGGAGGAGUGAUUUAUAUGUCUCGAUUGGAUUAUUCUCCCAUGGGUCGAAAACUGGAAACUUUCGAUGCAGGCUUCAGUGCAUAUUGUGCUUUUAUUCAUAUUGAAUGUGCGCAUCGACAUCCCGUGUUACUUUACUUUGCGAGUCUUCUACUUCGUGAACAUUUGUACGGAACGGAGGCAACGCAUUGGUCGAAAGCGAAACGUCGAUGGUAUUUAGCUGUAUUUUUAUUACGAAACCCAACGUUGAUCUAUCGACGAAAGAAAUCGUCUGUUGAAUCUUCAAUGAAUCAGCGGAUAAUGUUCAUCGGCAGAAGAAAUAUUAAAACGAUGAGUACCGACGACUCAAGAACAAUAAGAAAAAACAACUACGAACGAUUAUGA